AGCAGCGGAGGCGCUGGCCCACGCGGGCAUCCGAGGCGUCGUCUGCUCAGCAUGGCCAAGUUCACGCUGCCGCUGCUGCUGGCCCUGGCGGUGCUGGCCGGGCAGCUGUGGCUGGUGGCCGAGGCCAGGGCAGCGCCCUAUGGGGUGAAGCUUUGUGGCCGUGAAUUCAUCCGGGCGGUCAUCUUCACCUGCGGAGGCUCCCGGUGGAGGCGGUCAGGCCUCCUGGCCCCUGAAGCUAUGGGGGACGUCUUCCGGGAUGCAGACACUGAUGCAGACAGCCUGGCAGGCGAGCUGAACGAAGCUGUGGGCUCCAAUGAGUGGCUGGCCCUCACCAAACCUCCCCAGGCCUUCUAUGGUGGUCAACCCAGCUGGCAGGGGACCUCUGGGGCUCUUAGGGGCAGCCGAGAUGUCCUAGCCGGCCUCUCCAGCAACUGCUGCAAGUGGGGGUGCAGCAAAAGCGAAAUCAGCAGCCUCUGCUAGGCCAGCAGCUGAGCAGCCAGAGGACACCAAAGGUGGUGCCCCAGCGCAGCUAGCCACUGGCCUGUCUGACCGGCACCUGUCUUUCUCACACUCAUUCAUCUUCAAGCCCCAGAGGCCAGGUGCCUUGAGCUAAGCCAGUCCCCUCGCUCCCACCCAUCCAACUAAACACCUUGACCUGGGGCCCUAGGCCAGCUCUGUCCCUCCCUAGCCACAUGGGGACCCUCCAUCUUGACUUCUGACCUCGCCCCAACAUCAGCCAUGUCUCGGCCUGGCCCACACAGUCCCUUGUUCCUACUCUACCCAAACUGGUCCCAGGAAGACCUCUGCUCGUCGCAUGGCCCCAACUGUGGUGGCUGAUCCCUGGCCGACCCACACGCCCGCAUGCAAACUUUGCAGCUUCCUUUUCCCUGCCUCGCACCCCGGGUCCCUGCCAGUGCUCCAUGGCUGCGGACCCCGGAGAUGGUGCAGGGUUGUACCCCAGGUUCCCUUACAACCUGGGAUGGGAGGCGCAGAAUGAGCAUCAGAACCUUCCACGACCCCAAUAAUAAAAGUUCGGAAGCCCUGCA